AUGGAUGACUCCGAACGAAGAACCGCCAAGCGAUCCCGCUUCGACCAAAAGGAGCCUGAACCUCGAAGGGCCUCCAGAUUCGACCGGCGUUCUCGGUCUCCCUCGGCUCGCAAGGACGACUCGGUUCGCGACAGGAGCCCAUUGUCCAAGGACCGAGACAUUGGCGCAUCUCCCACGAAAUCCCCAGUGGACCCAGCAGCCGCUGCAGCUGCCGCCGCGGCCAAGAUCAAUGCUCAACUCCAGGCGCGCAAGGGCAUCCAGCAUGUCGACGUCCCUCCAAUCCGCUCCGAGGCCUCCACGGGCAGCACCUCGGGCCCUGCAGCUGCCGCGCACCAGAUCAACGGCGACAUGUACAUCGCGGAUGGCGACUACAUCAAGGACAUCGAAGUCAACGACCUGCGCAACCGAUACCUCUUGACCAAGGGGUCCACACAGAAAAUGAUUAAAGAUGAGACCGGCGCCGAUGUCACCACCCGAGGGAACUAUUAUCCCGACAAGAGCAUGGCUACCGCAGCAAACCCCCCUCUUUACCUUCACGUCACGAGCACUUCGAAGGACGGACUCGAGCAGGCCGUUGCUAAGAUCGAAGAGAUGAUGAAGCAAGAGCUCCCCCAACUCGUUGACGAGCGCCGUUUCCGCCGAGAGCAAGAGCAGGUUGAACGGGAUGAGUACGGUAGACGGAAAUGGCCUGAGGAGAAGAUCCCUAUCGACCUUGACCCUGUCCCUGGCUUCAACCUCCGUGCGCAGGUAGUCGGCCAUGGAGGCGCAUAUGUGAAGCAUAUCCAACAAGAGACAGGAUGCCGUGUGCAGAUCAAGGGGCGCGGAUCUGGCUACAUUGAGAACUCUACUGGGCGUGAGGCCGAAGAGGACAUGUACCUCCACGUUGCCGGUCCCGACCCCAAGAUGGUUCAACAAGCCAAAGAGCUUUGCGAGGAUUUAUUGAGCAACGUGAAGGAGCAGUACGAGGAGUUCAAGAGCCGGCCCCCACGUCAGAGCUACGGCGGCGGCGGACACUAUGGCGGCGAUCGUUACAACGGCGGCGACCGGCACGGAGGUGGGGAUCGUUAUGGCGGCGGCGAUCGAUACGGCGGGGACAGGCAUGGAGACCGGUACGGCGACAGACAGGGCAGCAGGGACCACGGGUACAAUAACAACUACAACAACUCCCCGAGAGCUCAGGCCUCGUCAGCAUCGCCGGCCCCCGGUGCUAAUAGCACACCAUCGGCCGCCGACUACACGGCGCAGUACGCCCAGUACUACGCCCAGAAUCCUGGCGCGGACCCUUACGCGGCUUACGGUGGCUACGCUGCGUACGUGCAGUACUACCAGCAGUAUAUGGCCGCAGCGCAAGCCCAACAGCAGCAGCAAGGCCCCGGUGCGCCGGGUGCGCCUGGUGCGCAGGGUGCCUCAGCAUCUCCACCGCCCCCUCCGCCAGACAAUCAGCCUCCUCCGCCGCCUCCACCAUCCAAUCCCGCACCGCCUCCUCCACCCUCAGGGUCUCCCCCGGGCGUGGCUGGCUACAACGCAAUGCCCCCUCCACCUGGACUGUGA